CAGAAAGUCGAAUAGAUUGGGACGGCAAAACGGCAUAAGAUGUACAUUUUCUUCAGAAAGUGUACGAGCCGACAUCCGGUCUCGGGGGCCCUCCAGUUUCAUCGGAUGAUCAGUUCGUCGGAGGUGGCAACGGCCUUGCGCCCGUUCUAUUUCGCCGUACAUCCGGAUCUCUUCGGACGCUAUCCUCAGCAGCGUCAGGUGAACGAAGACUCUCUAAAGUUACUUAGUGCUCAUCUGGAAUCGCUACUAAACCAGCAAAGGAUUCUUCCAACAACGCCCCGGUCACUGCCAUUUUAUAUCCGAGCAUCGAAUGCCCCGGAGGACCGAGGCACGUUUAACCUUAUCAAAGUUCCCUUGGAACGGACCGUAGACGCUAAGCUGCUGCUGCGGCGAAUCCUGGAAUCCUGCAAUCUCUCGACCGAAUAUGUCGACAAAAUGCCUUCUACUAAAAAUAGCACGUCGACGGGAACGUAUACCGGUGAUUUUCAGCAACAGCAGCAACAAAACUCGUUCUAUUAUCGCAAACGAUCGGAAUAUAAUUUCGGAAAGGAACGAGCUGAUGAAGAGGAGGCACCUUUCGAGAAGGAGUUUGAUCUGUUUCAAUUUAGAAUGAAAAAGGUACGGGAAAAUGAAACGCUCAAAAAGUGGCUUCGAAAGCAUGUCAUCACGGCAACGGUCCGCACGAAGGCCCUCCAGGAGCUACAGGAAGAGGUCGAGAAACUGCGCGAAGACGUAACAAAGCGGCUAGGGCUACGGGAAAUCAUAUACGAUUGCGGAUGGAACGUGGAACACUUUCGUGGCUGCCUGAAGAGUUUGGAGAAGCUUGCCGAACUGCAUCCGGGAGCAUUGGAUGGGCUGAAGGAUCGAACGCUGGUAUUUGCUGCUUAUACGGGCGUUAGUCUCGAAGGUCAUGUGAUGCUGUUCACGGGAGACGUCCAACGGAACUGGCUGGAGCUUAUCAAAACGAUCGAUAAACAUGAUAGCUAUCUGAAGAAGCUGCCAGCUUACGAGUACGCACUGUCGCAGGUGCUCCGAAACAUUCGAAUUGGCCGGCGAAAGUUUAUGCCCAAGGCACAAGCGAUGGCCUAUGCGUCGCAUCUACGCAAGAUAACGACCGCACUGCUGGACUACCUGGGCCGUUCGAAGUUUCCCAAAGCGUGGCCACAAGAUUUGUCAAAGUUCGAGCUGGUUGUCGAAUCGGAAGCAGGUCCGCUCAUGGUAAGCCCGACGGGGCAGCUCAUUGUGCCGGCCACCUGCCCGGGAUCACUGCUGGUGGACUUCCUUACCAACCAUCUCGCCGAAGCCUUGGACAAGCAGAACUCGUACGACAGCCAGAAGCACAUCGAACGGGAUCUGCACGCACGGUGCGUUGCACAAUUUCGGCUGCUAACGCUAACGAAGGAUGACUCCGUCACACCGGAUCGGAUGAUUGAAUGUCUCGAAAAGCUGCUCUCAGAAGGAGCGACGGGUUUGGAGCUUGCGGACUUGAAUCUAACCAUCACCACGUACUACUCAGUACUGGCCGAUGGGACGGUUUGCAUACCGUGGGACUGGAAGCACUAGUCUGCUAGUUUGCACCGCGUGGGUAUUUUUCUGUCAAUUAUGGAAAUGUCGGUGCCAUGUUAUUGCUGUUGAGAUUUGUUAG